GUUAUUCGUUGAAGUAUUCCGUUGCAAUACCUUUACAUUUGGUUGCGCGUACAAUAUGGUUCAAUAAGAAUAUUUUUCGUCAGAGUUACUUCUCGCGAAUCUACUUUCGCACACGCCACGUCUGAUCAAUCGAACUAUAUAAUCGAAAAUGAGAUGGCUAAUUAUCAGACAAAUCUUCUGAUUUUAUUUCUUGUUAGAAUAAUUCACUCUUUUCGGAACGAUACCUUGUGACAUUACCAAAAAUUAUCAGUAUUCUCAUUCUAAAUAACUCAAAUUCGAUUAUUCGAUAUACCUUACCAAGUGUUAUUCAUGACUUUUCCGGUGUUUUUUUGGAAUGAUAGAGGCAAGAGCAUAUGUAUAUAUAAGUGCAGAGUACAGUAACAAUGACAGGCAGAAGAGUAGCAGUGGCUGGCGAAUUGAUAGUUGACAAGAUUGAUGCAACCAGGUCUAAUGUGAAAAUGUUUAAAUCUUUUGUAUCGAAAAGAAAAGCAUCAAAAUUCAGUUGAGGUUAAAGCGUCAGCAAUGACGUCAUCUUAUCCAAGGAGAAGCGCCCAAGUACAGUGUAAAUGUCGCAGUAGUUUAAAAUAUAUGGAAGUGCCUGUGUACAAGUCAUAGUCGAUAAAGAUCAGUUACUUGUUAUCUUUAUAUCAAUACAUAACAAUCAGUUACUUGUUAUCUUUAUAUCAAACAAAACACAAAACUAAACUUAAAAUAACAGAAACGAUAAAUCAUUUAAAGUUAAAAAAUAACACGGGAUUUUGCAAACAUAAUGGCUGUCAACAAUGAGGUGGUUCCAGACCAAAAUUUCGAAGAUAUGAAGAGUCUUGCUAUUGAACAACAACAAUGCUUCUAUGAACAUCUCUGUGACUGCAUGAAAUAUCAAUUUGACGAACAUAAAUACUUGAAACAGAAUAUCGGAUAUGCGUGUUACGGUCCACCGAAUAACGAAAAUACAGAUGCAAUAGAAAGUAAUGUUCAUUACAACACAGAAAACCAAAACGAAGAUGCAGAUAUAACUGAUACAGUAGAUUAUAAUGAUAAAGCUAAAGCUGUUAUAGAUAAAAUAUAUCAUAAAAUAUGCGAAUAUACAAUAGGAACCAAUUGUAAUGAACCAAUUUAUUUUACUAUCAUUUAUAAUGUGGUGGUAUGUUCAAAACCAAAAAAAUCUAAGGAAGAAAUAGAUGAAACAGAGGAGAGAGAUGAUAAAGGUUUUGUAGUAAUACCUAUUCCUAUUUUUAAAAUAUGGAGGAAAAAGGAAAUCAAAGGAACAGAAAAAAAAGCGAAGAAAGAGAAAGAAGCAGCAAAAAAAUUACUAAAAACAGAUGAGGAAUACGAGAUAUGGUAUAUCGAUACCACUGGCAGAAUAUAUAAAGAUUGGGCAGAUUAUAAGACAAACAAUAAUCUCUUCGAAUGUACUAUGGUUCUUCCAAAAGACGGCUUAUACCAACCAGAUCCGUCUUGUCCGAUCACAGAGGACUAUUCAACAGUUUGGCUUGAGAUCAUGGAUUCACCUGCGUGUUCAUUGGCAUCGCAGAUUUGUAGUGGAGUAGAUAUUGCUUCUGCCAUUACUGGAACCGGGGCAGCUGUAUUGGGUGUUGCGUCAUUAUUUACACCUCUUGCACCAGUCGUUGCUGUUACAGGGCUCGUCGCUACCGGAACAACUGCCGUUUGGGCAAUGGCACGGGGUACUCAGCAAUUGAUAGAUCGAAGUACCCACGAAGAAUCCAUCAAUCCUUUAGAUCGAGAUGCAUUUCCACAGUGGCUCACAAUCACCGGCUCAGUGUUUGGUUUAGGAGCGAUAGGAGGAGCAGCAGCUAUUUCUACUGCUGUUUCACGUGGUAUGACGGUAAAUACCGCUGCAAGAUUAGCAUUCAACACUGUACAAGGUAGCAAUUUGUUCUUGAAUGGCGUCGGUAUCGUGUAUCAGGGCUAUUGUAUGGUAGAUAGAUAUAAUACAGAUGAGACAAUCAGUUGGUUCGACGCGGUAAGCAUGGCGACGCAUCUCAUGUUCUUUGCCGGUACUGUGGUGAACAUUCAAUUCGCUGGAGACAUCAUCGAGAGCAAUCAGAAUAGGAUCAUUGAUGACUACAGAGACACUCUGCGUAGCAAGAAUCUCCGUAAAAAAUUCAAUCGCAUCAAGCGACGGGCAACCGCGAAUAAUUCAUGCAAAAUGUCCGAAAAUGCAGAAGUGAUACGUUACAUAAAGAAUCGUAUUCAGCUGUUAUCUUCUGACCCCAACGCUAGUACUUCUGUCGUCGACAAUCGGUCAUCCAUUAAUCCAAUGACAGAAAAUGUUAAGCCCAAUAUAAUCAUACGGACGAUUGAGAACGGUAUAUUGGUAAUUAAUGGAAUUGCACUUUUGGAUGCUGUCGAAUUUGUCAUGCAACUUAUACGGACAGGGAUACCAACCGAUUCUAAUGAAGACAACAGGUCGGACUUGGAAAGCUAUGAGAGUGAUCUUGGUACUGCGCAACUGUGCAGUCUGCUUGAUAGAUUGUUAUCGACACAUAAUUUGAACAUUAGCGAUUUCGGCCCAGUAAAUAUGUCUGAAUUGCUUCCACUGCUCAGGGAAAUGCAUUCUUUAAAUGUGGAUGGAGAUCUUCUGCAGAAAAUAUUUAGUAUCGCUAUGAAAUUAAUACGACUUUCCAGAAGCCCAAAGGAAUUUCUAUUUAAGACGAUGAGACUUAUCUGGUUGUAUUGUAAGACGAAUUUGAGACAAUGGGGUAUAACAACGUGCCUUCGUAGGCAGAGCAUUGCAGGUUUCAAGAUUCUACGCAUGAUUAUCACUGCACUUUUUGAAUCUGACAGACUUGAUAACCUUUAUAUUGCUUUUGAAAAGUGGAUGGAUCAUUUGAUGAUAUCUUGAUGCAUAAUUCAAUAAUACGUGCAAAGAAAUUAACACGCACAACAGUAUAUAUAUAUAUAUAGAGAGAGAGCAAUAUGUGAUUAAAGAAUUUUAUAGAGUUGUGCCUUACGUUAUAAUAUUCUAAUGAAAAUUAAUAUAUUUUACAUAAAUACUUUAGAUAUAUAUAUAUUUCAUUAUGUUUUUGAUUAAUUUUGAUCAAAUAAUGCAGUUCUAGUUAAGUAAAUUAGUUCAUGAACCAUUUCAUGGACAGUAUUUAAUAAUUUCUAAAAAGUAGUUGUAAUACGCACAAUAAUGUAUAGAGAGAAUAAUAUAUGAUUAAAAAAUUA